CAGCGCCGCGACGCCGUUUAUAGUAACCGUUUAUAGUAGGUUGGAGUGCGAAGAGGGACGCGGAGUAAAACGAGCAGUGUUCUAAGCCGCACGGCUUGGAUAAUCGAUCGGACGUCGAGGAGUCGUCGCGCCGAGGAGUCGGGCCACCGAGUGGCGUCGCGACGUUCAACGUGUGCACGUUCGCUCGCCGCUUGCGAGAAAACGAUCGCGGAACCAGUAUGGCCGUAGGAGCUCAGCUGUUUUCACGUCACUGCCUGCAUAUCUGAGACGAACGAGAGGGAAUAAAAGUUAUCGCCAGCACCGCCGCUGGCUUCAUCCGACGAUAAGUUAAAAAGAAAAAACACUUGAAAAAUGUCGUCGGUUAAGGUGGCGGUGAGGGUACGACCCUUCAACUACCGCGAGAUCACUCGCGAAGCACAAUGUAUCAUAGAGAUGACGGGGAGUACUACUUCCAUAACGAAUCCUAAAGCUGCACCGGGAAGCAAAGAAGCUGUUAAAAGCUUCAAUUAUGAUUAUUCCUACUUUUCUAUGGAUCCAAACGAAGAGAACUACUCGACUCAACUCAUGGUUUACAAAGAUAUUGGCGAAGAAAUGUUGGAACACGCUUUCGAAGGCUAUAACGUUUGCAUCUUUGCAUACGGUCAAACCGGCGCUGGUAAAUCUUACACUAUGAUGGGCAAGCAGGAAGAGGGUCAAGAGGGAAUAAUACCACAGAUUUGCAAGGAUCUGUUUAGGAAAAUCAGUUAUACAUCGAAUGAGCGAUUGAAGUACUCGGUGGAAGUCAGUUAUAUGGAAAUCUAUUGUGAGAGGGUACGCGAUUUGUUGAAUCCGAAAAAUAGGGGGAAUCUUCGAGUGAGGGAACACCCUCUCUACGGACCUUACGUCGAAGAUCUUUCCAAACUGGCCGUACUGUCAUAUGAAGACAUUCACGAUCUCAUAGACGAGGGCAACAAAGCUAGAACUGUCGCAGCGACGAACAUGAACGAGACAUCCAGCAGAUCGCACGCGGUUUUCACGAUAUUUUUCACGCAGCAGCAGCAGGACUGUGCCACCGGCUUGAUGACGGAAAAAGUUAGCAAAAUAUCGUUGGUCGAUCUGGCUGGGUCUGAAAGAGCCGAUUCGACGGGCGCGAAAGGCACGCGGUUAAAGGAAGGCGCCAACAUCAACAAAAGUCUGACGACUCUUGGGAAAGUUAUCAGUGCACUGGCCGAAAUUGCGACGAAAAAGAAGAAGAAGGCCGAUUUUAUACCGUACAGAGACUCCGUUUUAACGUGGUUAUUGCGGGAAAACUUGGGAGGAAAUUCGAAAACUGCUAUGAUUGCGGCGGUUAGUCCUGCCGACAUCAAUUACGAUGAGACGCUUUCAACCUUGCGAUAUGCGGACAGAGCGAAGCAAAUCGUUUGCAAGGCCGUGGUCAACGAAGACGCGAAUGCCAGACUUAUCAGAGAGCUCAAAGAGGAGAUACAGAAACUGCGCGAGCUGUUGAAACAGGAAGGCAUCGAUGUGCAAGAAGGGCCAGAUGGCAAAGUUACAUACGAAAAGAAAGAAGCUAGAGACGAGAUUAUUAGAACGAACAAGCGAAACGAAGAGGACACGAAGGAAACGCGAUCGAGACUCUCAUCUCACGCUACGUCUACUAUCGCCGAAGAGGCGGUCGAGCAGUUACAGGCGUCUGAAAAAUUGAUCGCAGAAUUGAACGAAACGUGGGAAGAGAAGCUGAAGCGAACCGAAUCGAUUCGCCUGCAGCGCGAGGCGGUGUUCGCCGAAAUGGGAGUCGCCGUGAAGGAGGACGGCGUCACCGUGGGUGUCUUCUCCCCCAAGAAGACACCGCAUUUGGUGAAUCUGAAUGAGGAUCCCCUCAUGUCCGAGUGUCUGAUCUACUACAUCAAGGACGGUUUCACGCGCAUUGGCAGCGCCGAGGCGAUUAUACCACAGGAUGUUCAGCUGUGCGGCCCGCACAUACUCAGCGAGCACUGCGUUUUCGAGAAUCGCGACGGCAUUAUCACUCUCAUACCGAAGAAGGGAGCCUUGAUUUAUGUCAACGGCCGCGAAGUGACCGAGCCACUGAUCCUAACGACUGGCUCACGUGUCAUCCUAGGCAAGAGCCACGUUUUCCGUUUUAAUCAUCCAGAUCAAGUACGCGAGCGAAUAGCGAACGGAUCACCGGCGGAAACUCCUGGCAACAACGAGCCAUUGGCGGACUGGGACUUUGCGCAAGUCGAGCUAUUGGAAAAACAGGGUAUCGAUUUAAAGGCUGAAAUGGAUAAGAGAUUACUCGUACUGGAGGAGCAGUUCCGUAAAGAAAAGGAGGAGGCUGAUCAGCUGUUCGAGGAGCAACGAAAGAGCUACGAGGCGCGGAUAGACGCGUUGCAGAGGCAGGUGGAGGAGCAAAGCAUGACGAUGUCUAUGUACAGCAGCUACACGCCGGAAGACUUCAACAAUAUCGAGGAGGAUAUUUUCGUCAACCCAUUGUUUGACGCAGAGAGCAACUGGACCGAGAGAGAGUUUCAACUGGCCGCUUGGGCCUUCCGCAAGUGGAAAUAUCAUCAAUUCACGAGUUUACGGGACGAUCUUUGGGGCAACGCGAUAUUCCUUAAAGAGGCUAAUGCUAUAUCAGUUGAACUAAAAAAGAAGGUCCAAUUUCAAUUUACCUUACUCACCGAUACCCUUUACUCGCCGUUACCCUCGGAUCUCUUGCCCGUUAUGGAUGACGAGGAAGAGGAUGAAAGACCGUUCCCGCGCACGAUCGUCGCCGUUGAAGUUCAAGACACGAAGAAUGGCGCAACGCAUUACUGGACAUUGGACAAACUAAGACAACGCUUGGAACUGAUGCGACACGUGUACAACGAGGACUCGAGCCCCAGCACUCCGGAGGCCAAAGAGGAUAUUUUCCAAUGCCUUACAGUCUACUCUAAUCCGAAGUUCUCGCUCGCAAAUCUUUUGCCUUCGAGACAAAGGCUGGAGCUGAUGCGCGAAAUGUAUCACAACGAGGCCGAGCUCUCACCUACAUCUCCGGAUUUCAAUAUCGAGUCUAUCACGGGUGGCGAUCCAUUUUACGAUCGGUUUCCGUGGUUCCGUAUGGUCGGCAGAGCUUUCGUGUAUCUGAGCAACCUGAUGUAUCCGGUGCCGCUGAUUCACAAAGUGGCUAUUGUGAACGAGAAGGGCGACGUUAAGGGUUACUUGCGUGUCGCAGUGCAGGCCGUAGUUGAAGAGGAAAACAGCGAAUACUCAAGUGGCGUGAGACAAUCGGCACGAAUCUCCUUCGAGGAUGACUUGUUCGGCGGACACAAGCACAACAAACGCAGCUCGCUUUUGGCUCAGACUUUGGAGAAGAAUCGGCAGCUGAUGCUGCACGAGGAGCGCGUAGUCGAAGGGCACAACGAGGUCAAUCAGAAGGAUAUGAAGGAUGAGGACGACAUAGGAGAUGCCGACAGCGGCAGGGGCGACAGCUCGGUCUCGAGCGAUAUGAAGGAGGAGGAGCUGCCGGAUCAUCUGCAGCCUGGCGCUGAAUUCACUUUCAGAGUAACGGUCCUACAAGCUAUGGGUAUUUCUACGGAAUACGCCGACAUCUUCUGUCAGUUCAACUUCUUACACCGACACGACGAAGCUUUCUCAACGGAGCCGGUGAAGAACACUGGCAAGGGCAAUCCACCCGGAUUCUAUCACGUACAAAACAUCACGGUGACGGUUACCAAGUCCUUCCUGGAGUAUCUGAAGACCCAACCGAUCGUGUUUGAAGUGUUCGGCCAUUAUCAGCAGCAUCCGCUGCACAAGGACGCGAAACUGGAAUAUAGUGUGCGACAACCGCCGAAGCGGAUGUUGCCGCCAUCCAUACCAAUCAGCCAGCCAGUCCGUUCGCCGAAAUUCGGCAGCGUCCUGCCGUCUCCCAGCACGUCGCACGUACACGCCAAGUACGACGUGCUGGUGUGGUUCGAGAUCUGCGAGUUGGCGCCGAACGGCGAGUACGUGCCGUCGGUGGUGGAUCACAGCGACGAUCUGCCGUGUCGCGGAUUGUUCCUGCUCCAUCAGGGCAUACAGCGUCGCAUACGAAUCACCAUUGUGCACGAGCCGGCUUCCGAAUUGAGAUGGAAGGAUGUGCGCGAGCUCGUGGUGGGUCGUAUACGAAACACCCCGGAGCCCGAAGAGGAGGAUAACGACUCGUCCGUGCUCUCAUUGGGUCUAUUCCCUGGCGAAUAUCUCGAAGUUCCCGGCGAUGAUCGAACCAUGUUCAGAUUCGAAGCCGCUUGGGACAGCUCUCUGCACAACUCAGCCCUGCUCAAUCGCGUCACGUCUUACGGAGAACAGAUCUUCAUGACUAUUUCUGCGUAUCUCGAGUUGGAAAAUUGCGGCAGACCCGCGAUUAUCACGAAAGACCUGAGCAUGAUCAUCUACGGAAGAGAUGCGAGGGUCGGGCCACGCUCGCUCAAGCAUCUGUUUAGCGGCAGCUAUCGCAACCAGGAGGCGAACCGACUCAGCGGCGUCUACGAGUUGGUGCUGCGUCGUUCUUCGGAAGCAGGUAGCCCAGGAGUUCAAAGGCGUCAGCGUCGCGUCUUGGACACGAGUUCCACGUACGUCAGGGGCGAGGAGAAUCUACACGGCUGGAGACCGCGCGGUGACAGCCUGAUAUUCGACCACCAGUGGGAGCUCGAGAAGCUGACGAGGCUAGAGGAAGUGGAGAGAGUGCGGCACACGUUGUUGUUGAGGGAGAAACUCGGCAUUGAUAAAGUACCAUUCUGCAAUAAACCUUUGCACGAUUUCACGAAGAGCGAAAAAGACGUGUGCAACAUGGUGGCGAAGGCCACGAACGAGCCGCACGCUAGUCCGGUGAAGUUGAAACGUUCGACCAGCAAAGACGUUUACGAACCGUGGGAAAUGACGGAGAAGGAGCGCGAACUGGCCACGAAAUACAUCAAGCUGAUCCAGGGCAGGAUCCCGAGCAAGGAGCCGAUAUUGCACACUGACGUCUCACCCGGUGAAGACACCAUAACCGAUUUAUCCGCGUCUAUGAUGUCCUCGGUCAUAUCGUCUUCGUCUCAAGAGUUGAGUUCGCCGGAGAGGGCUAGACUGCAGGAACUCCAGGAGAGCAUAUUGGCGAGCGAGUCGGCUAAUCAGACCUGUACUGUCGCGCCGCCGCCACUCGGAUCGUCCUCGCCAUCGAAAGAGAACUUGGUUUUGUACGUGCCGGAAGUGGAGGAGAUACGCAUUAGCCCGGUCAUCGCGCGUAAGGGCUAUUUGAACGUUCUCGAACACAAGACCAAUGGCUGGAAGAAGCGUUGGGUGGCUGUCCGCCGACCAUACGUUCUCAUCUUCCGAGAGGAAAAAGAUCCCGUUGAGAGGGCGCUUAUCAAUUUAGCUACAGCUCAAGUCGAAUACUCCGAAGAUCAGUUAGCCAUGGUGAAAGUACCGAAUACAUUUAGUGUCGUCACCAAGCAUCGAGGAUAUUUGCUGCAGACUUUAGGCGACAAGGAAGUUUACGAUUGGUUAUACGCGAUUAAUCCUCUUCUAGCUGGCCAAAUUAGGUCGAAGCUUGCGCGCAAAAGUCCGGGCGCCUCGAAUCUGAACAACGGCGCACCGGUCGGCCUGACACCAUCGCUGGAGCAGCAGAACAAUCAGACAAAGUGAGUGGUCGACACUAUGGCCGGGGUAACGAGUGCAAUAGCGAAGGCGUCGGAGAAAGUGCUGUGUUGGUCACACUCGGCCUUAGAGUCCCGAGAGUUCUGUAACUUUCGAUUCCCGGUAGUCUUCGAUUGAUCGAGCGCAGGCGGGAGCUGUCAUCGAGGAGCAGGCUGGAGACUACCCACGAUCGACGUUUCACUUUACACAGCGUCCCCUCAGCACAUUGUAGAACAACUUGGGCGGAGUGAAGGGGCGAGGGGGAAAGGGGAGAGGAUGACGCUCGUCUUUCGAAGAAGUUACAAAUGCGCGUACAAAUGCAUUUGCUAUACCACACUGGAAAAGAAAAAAAAAAAAAACGCUCGUUUUCGCAUCUCUCCGUACAUUUCGUAUUGCACAUUCGAAAUGCUUUCCACGUCGAUGAGACGAAAUCACGCGUACGCGCAAAUUGUUUCCGUUGAAUCUUUGUUUCCAUGACGCGUUGAUGUAACUACGUGGCGCCCGUUAUGCAUGCCACGCGCGAGGAAGAUAGAAAUGCAUUUAUGCCUAAUAGACGUAUUCCUAAGACGAUCACUGAAAACGGGGUAAAGGAAAUACACGUUAUAGAUAUAUCUAUAGGAAGAAGUAUGUGUGCAAGGGGAAGCGAGAAAGAGAGGGAGAGAAAGAGAACAAUACAAAGAGAGAAAACAAGACCAGAAAGAUAUUGAUAAUUUCGUAUACAUGUAUAUGCAAGCUUAACCGAUCACUUAUAAUAUGCAGAAAAGUAUUGCGAGAUAAAAAAGAAACAUUAAUAUUUUGUAAGAUGAUUCGCGACGGUUGUUUAAAAAGUAGAAACGAUUUUCUAUGAGAGUUACAUUACCAUUUUUCGUUCAUUAAUCGUUGUCUCGAUUAAGAAAUAGAUCAGACAUAGAUAUACCGAUGUUGACUAUUUAGUUUUCGUGUGAAAGAUCGUAUUCUUGUCGUACACGUAAUCGAUUGGCCGUCGCUCGAUAAAGAUUUAUUUUUCCAAUUGGAAUUUCAAGUGACUUUACUUACGAUGUACUAUGAGACAGGAUAAUAUUGCUCAAAACAAUAAUUUUGUAUCGGAAGGGAAGGAGGUUUGAGUAUUAUCCAGGCGUAUAGAGUUAAUCGCAGAGAAAGAAACGAGUUUGUCGCUUCUUGAAGGGUCAAGUUUAUAAUUUCUUCUCAUAUGAUUUCAGAACUUUUUUUUUCACGCCGCGUCACCGUAUUACCUUUCAUAUAUGGAGUGAUUUUAUCCUGUCUUAAAAUGUAUUGAGAAACCCCCGUGCAUAUUUAAUUCUUGGCAGCUACAAUUUUCAGACUAUAUAAAUGCAUCAAGGAGUUUAAAAGCAAAGAAGUACAAGUAGCGAAAGCUAUAAGAACAAAUUGAGUAGAACUGAAGCACUUGUGACUCUUUGUUUCUAAGAAUCUCUACUUGAAAAUGAGGGGAAACUUAAUAUCCCGAUAAAUAGAAAACUAUAAUGUUAUUGCCAACUUCUUCGAAACACGAAUGAAUGCACAAAGUCGGCAAGUAAGCAGCACGUCACGAUGAUGUUUUCCAUUUGUAAUGAUCGAGGCUCACGUUGAUGCGGAGUUACGACAGAACCGUUGGAAUUUUCGUAUUUCGUAUUUCGCGCAGCACGCGAAAUAGAUGAAAUUACGCUAACCCGUGGACGUAAAUGCCACGUUCUAACAUAUUGUGUUUUCAUGUCUAUUUAGGGUAUAAGCGAUGCUCCUCGAAGAUGUUCGUCACAAGCGCGGCAUACAUUCCCAGAUAUCAGUGCGCGUUGGCGAACAUAAUUGAUGAUUCAGUCUAACGAGGAGAAUGUUCACUUUCAGACCGUCGGAUUCUCAAUAAACUUUUAUUCGCUUGCAGUUUAGAUAGAAAAAUUGCAAUUAUACGAGACAGCAGCAGACAGCAAAAUUCUCUCGUUUUUCAGAAAAGUAAAGUUAGCAUACGCGCAUACAAUGUGCUCACAUGUUUCAUUCUUUUUUCAAAAAGUCAACUGAUUUGCUAUCUGUCCUUUUCUUUUUCAAAGGACUCAUGAGCGCAAGUUUGUUCGCCGGUCUGAAAUCAACGUUUUCCUCCCGAGAGACGAUAGACAUAGUCGAUUGCGUUGUUCCGAGGCUUUUACCAACUUCUCUUUACCAACUUCUCAAGUGUAACGAUUUGGAUAACAGGUGCAACGUUAUAGAUACAUGUGUCUACUGCGCACCUCACCUUUGAAGUCAACAUCUAUUAAUUCACGCGAAUGUUGGAAUGUGACAUUCGAUAUGUAUCGCGUAUGUAAACAUAUAAUCCGACGUUUCAUGCACACUCGGUGCAGCAGAAUCCCGGUUUAUUCGACUCUCCACUCUACUGAGUCUUUGAGUACGUUCCCGCGUAUAUGUAAUCGAAGGUAUAUGAUAUAUAUAUACACACACACACAUACACAUAUUUUCUAAUUGUAUUGAGCUCUUUAUCGCUUCUCUCUCGAGCAUGUGAUCACAUAGAGUUCCGACAAAUCGCGAGUACUAUUUGGGCAUUCAUCCACUUGACGCAUACGACUCGAUACACAAUUUCGAUUAUUGUCAUACUAUUACUUGGAUUAGUGUGCUCCUUAGUUACUGCGAAUGACUAGGUGUGGAUUCCAUUGCGUACGAACAUUUUUUUUUUUUUUUUUUUUUUUUUACAUUAGCCCUUCCAAAUCGGUCGAGUGGUCUGUCGAUUUCGUGUACUCUUGAUAUCUCUCGAAGGGCAAGAUUUCCGCUGCCCGAUCAAAUUGGAGUCUCCGACAUGGACAAUGACAGGGAAGGGGGACAAUUGUAAAUCUUAACUCGCUUGAUUCUAGUCGCAGAAGCAUCUCAUGCGCCUGCAUAAACAAUUCUAAGGCCAACUAUUUAUUUCUUUUUCCUCCCCCCGAUCACACCAAUUUUCGAUCGUGGCUUACGCAAAUGUAACGCCCCACGUCUAUUAUCGUUUUUUGCUUGCUGACUGUUGUAGUAUCUGAUAGUUUUAUUUUGUUAACGACACCGUAAUGUAUUAAAACUAAACGCGUAAUAUAAAUAUAAGUUGAACUUAGGCUCUCUACCGACUAUGCCGAAAAGCAAGUGGUAUAAGUAUAUGAGAGAGGAAGGACGGGAAAAAAAAGAAUAAAGAGAUAGAAGUGCGUAUUACGAAGGAAAUUGCAUCACAUUUAAGUCGUUGGAGAGAUUAAUAAUCAUUGUUAUUAUUAGUAGACAAAAUAUAUAUAUAGGAGAGAAGAGAACGAUAUGGCGUGAAUGAGUGUGUGCGUGAGAGACCGAGAGAAAGGUAGAGAGAUCGACCGAGAGGGAGAGAGGGAGAAAGCGGGAGAAUAUGAGAGAAGCAAGCCUGUGAACGUGUGAAAGGGUAAGUAUGCGAAAGGACACGUUUGCUUAUAUAUAUACAUAAUACAAAAUAAAUUAUAUAAAUAUAUAAAUAAAUUUAAUGUUAAUUUAAGCAUUUUUUGUGAAACGUUAACAAUCAUCAUCGCGAGGUGUACGAGGGAAGUUUAACGAUGAUGUGAUCUGUACCAAGUAUGCAAGUUCAUGUUAUACACAUACACACACACACACACACACAUAUACACAUAUAUAUAUAUAUAUAUAUGUAUAUAUAUAUAUAUGUUUGUAAGGUAAACAUCCAUAAAAAAUAUUUCCGUUCGAUCAUUUGCUAUUGGAAACGUGCAUCGACGCUGUAACUAGUAUUUAUUAUAAAUAUAUUAUGAUUAUUCGAAUUUUUCGCUAGGCUCACUGUAAGUGGUAACGUGUAAUAAAUCGGUCAAUAAAAAGCUUAUAUGCUUAA